AACUCGACAGGGUCCCUUAAAAACAAGGGCUAUACGUGAGUGUGAAAACACUAGCCGAACAAUGUUCUUUCGUUAUCAGGACCCUAUGCCCCAAGUCUACCCAGACCAAAUAUGCUAGGGGCACAUUUCAACUGGCAAUGAUGUUCUUCACAUCCAAUCAAGAAUCAAGGAAAACGUGAAGUGCACAGCACAUGAGACACGACACAUGUCCUCGAUUCCAUCGACCUCGAUGCGGAACCAUGCAUAUAAAGGCUAAAGCAAACGAAACAGAAAAAGCAGCAGUAGAAGACGAUGUUGCCAUUGAAGGGAUGUUAUCGUGGUGCGCCGGAUCAGCUCCGAUUCCUACCUCAAUGCCGAUCUCUCGCCGGUCCCAAAGCAUUGGUUCGUCGUGGAAUCGCCAACGUCUCCUGCUGCUCUUCUUCUUUAACCUCCUCGCCGCUACGAACUUCUAAUAUCAUCAUCUCGGAACGGGCGAAUGGUUCGGUAGGAGCAGCGUUGAACCAAACCACCAAUGGGUCGGCGAGUUCGGUGGAGCAGCUUCAGCUUGGGAGUGGUCACCUGGCUAAAGAUGGGAGGUCUUACAAGGAGAAAUUCAUUGUGAGGUGUUACGAAGUUGGUAUGAAUAAGACUGCUACUAUUGAUGCCAUAGCCAAUCUCAUGCAGGAAGCUGCAUGCAAUCAUGUUCAGAGCUUUACGUACUCAGCAGAUGGGAUGGGAACAACCAAAACCAUGAGAAAAUUGAAUCUGAUAUGGGUGACUACUCGAAUGCACAUUGAAGUUUACAAGUACCCAACAUGGGGUAACAUGAUUGAGAUUGAGACAUGGUUUGAAGCCAGAAAAGUUGGGACAAGACGCGAUUUUAUCAUAAAAGAUGCAACUGGCACACUUAUUGGGAGAGCCACCAGCAAAUGGGUGUCAAUGAACAAAAACACUAGACGACUCCAAAAAGUUCCUGACGAAGUGUUGGAAGAACUUGUGGAUUUCUCCCCACAAACUCCACGAUUAGCUUUUCCAGAGGAGGAUACUAGUAGCCUGAAGAAAAUUCCCAAGCUUGAAGAUCCUGCAAAGUAUGCUAAGUUAGGGCUUAAGGCUAAAAGAGCCGAUUUGGACAUGAACCAACAUGUAAACAAUGUCACCUAUAUAGGAUGGCUUCUUGAGAGCAUGCCUCAGGAAAUUAUGGACUCUCAUGAACUUCAAAAGGUCACAUUGGAUUAUAGAAGAGAAUGCCAAUAUGGUGAUGUGGUUGAUUCCCUCACUAGUAUGGAACUGAUGGAGGAUGUAGAAGCAAUUCUAGAGCUUAAAGGGACAAAUGGAUCUGCCAUUGAGAGGAAACACAAAGAAGACUGUUGUCUGUUCUUACAUUUCUUGAGAUUCCCAAGAGGUGGACUGGAAAUAAACAGGGGUCGCACUGAGUGGAAAAGGAAAUCAACGAAAUAGGUUGAUGACUUGGUCCAUCUUACAUUUUCCCUAAUUAUGUGAAGAGGGAAAUGAACCAGUUUGACAAAAUAGUUUGUUUAGUUUUUCAAAAUAAGAUAUUCUUAAUAGCUUGGUGAAGGAGUAUAUAUUCAACCAUUUUUCUAUGAACCGCUAGAUAGAUAUCAAUGGUUGAUUUUGAGUCCAUGUAAUACCAUUUGUUGGAUAAUCUAGAGGGAUGAAUAGAAUAUCACUAGUGGAUUUUCCUCUUUAAA